CCUCAACUUGUAGAAUUAUAGUAUUCACCCUCCCUCGAAUUGCUUCAAAGAUCCCAUCCAGAGAGAGAAAGAAGGGAAUUGAGAGAGAGAGACAGAGAGAUGGAAUUCAAGCAUUUCAGCCACCCACACAACCUGAGCUUGCAGCAAAUCCCUCAGGGCUCCGAAAUCCACUGCUCCGGCUGCAACUCUCCAGCCUCCGGCGGCUCGUUCUACACGUGCUGGCAAUGCGGCUUCCACCUCCACGACCAAUGCUUCAACGCAGCUCGCUCGCUGAACCACCCUUCUCACCCAUCUCACCCUCUCACUCUCCUUCCCUCCCCGACUUAUCCCUCCUCCUCCUUCUUCUGCAACUCCUGCAACCUCACCGGCACCGGCUUGUCCUAUAGCUGCUCACGCUGCGACUUUGAUCUCCAUAUCCACUGCGCUUUCCCACCUGCCGAAACUAUGUUCCCUGCUCUUCCUAAUCAGAAUAGUUACUCUUUCCCGCAAGAAACACCGAGUUUCGGUCCUCCCCCUUUCGCUAAUUACGCGCCUGAAACCGCCGGCCAUGAAUCUGUUCCCAGCACUCUCAGCCCACAAUUCAAUAAUUUUCCGAAUCAUCAAGCUGUUGUUCCUGAAACUGCAAUCUAUGCUGAGUACAAUUUUCCAAAUUCAGCUCCUAUUAUCAAUCCACCUUCGGAGGCCAACCAGCAGCCAACACAUUUUCAGUAUCCACCGGUUCCUGCUGAAGCUGCAAGCUAUGAACAGUACAAUUUUCCCCCAAAUCAUACAGCUGCUCAGUUUCAGCCAGUUCCUGAGGCUGCAACAUAUGAAUCUGUUGUCAGUUAUUCUCCGAACCUACAAUACGGUUUUCCAAAUCAAACAACUGCUUCUGUGAAUCCACUUCCACAGUCCACUCAGUAUCAAUCAGUUGCCGAGGCUGCAACCCAUGAAUCUGCUGCCAAUUUUCCCAACCCACAAUAUAGUUUUCCAAAUCAAACAACUGCUCCUGUGAAUGCAUUUCCACAGUCGACUGAGUAUCAGCCAGUUCCUGAAGCUGCUGCAGCCCAUGAAUCUGUUGCUAAUCCUUUGAACCCACAAUACAGUUUUCCAAAUCAAACAACUGCUUCUGUGAAUGCAUUUCCACAGUCGACUCAGUAUCAGCCAGUUCCUGAAGCUGCUGCAGCCCAUGAAUCUGUUGCUAAUCCUUUGAACCCACAAUACAGUUUUCCAAAUCAAACAACUGCUUCUGUGAAUCCACUUCCACAGACUCAGUAUCAGCCAGUUAUUGAAGCUACAAGCCAUGAGUCUAGUGCCAGUACUGUUCCUAUGCCACACUACCCUCCAAAAAAUGAUCAACCCCUGCCGAAAUCUAAUCCCAUUAACCCAACAACAAACGUAUCACCAGCUAGUGAAAAUCAAACACAACUGCGAAACGUGAAACACUUCAGCCACCACCAUGCUCUGCGCCCUUAUAAUGUUCCGGAGGAGGACUACGUCCUCUGCUCAGGCUGCGAGCAGUACCUCUCUGGCUCGGCUUACAGCUGCAGCAAGCCCAGGUGCAACUUCCACCUCCACAAGUCGUGUUUCGAAUUGCCCCGAGAGCUUCAACACAAGUCUCACCCGAAGCACGCUCUCGCCCUCCUUUCCUCCCCUCCUUACAAACUAACCGGUGAAUUCACCUGCAAUGCCUGCCUGAGAACAGGCGCUGCUUUUACAUACCACUGCAAGAGUUGCAACUUCGACCUCCAUGCCAAGUGUGCUUCUCUGCCCCAAACCAUGAAGCGUAAAGAUCAUGAACACCCGCUCAAUCUCCUCUACUCCACUCCAUACAAGAAAGGAGAGGGUGACAGGGAAGAGUUGCUUUUCUACUGUGAUGUCUGUGAAGGGAUAGUUGAUGAACGCUGCUGGGUGUACUACUGUGAAGAAUGUGACUAUGGUACCGACUUGGCUUGUGCCACUGUUGAACCAGACUCGGACGAAGAAGGCCCAGAAACAGGAGAAGAAGAAGCGAGAGGAGGAGGAGAGUCUGGAGAAUAUUCGGCUGAAUCAGCUGAGCUCCAGAUGAAAAUGCUUCAACUUCAGCUGGAGAUGAGCAAACAGCAGGCUCAAAUGAUUACGAGCAUGGGACAGAGUUUGGCCAACUUAGUUUAGAGUUUCUUCGCGGGGCUGGGAAAUCAUCCUGUUUGGUUUAUUCUGGAUUGUGUUGUAGGUGUGUCUUAGUUUCUUGCUUCAACUUCUUCAUAGGAUUUGAUUAUUUUCACUGUGGUUUUCACUUGAUAAUUUUUUAUCAAAUGUCAAUGGAAUAACCCAAAUUUGUUGGGAGCCCUUCUGUGGUUGAAAUACGAAUGCUCAAUAAUUGGGUA